ACCUGCCCAAGAGACUGAAAGAUUUGAACAACCAGAAGUGCACCAUUGGUGCAUGAACAACUGUCCUGCGGCGAGCUGAGGCGCUUUUGCAAAGCAUCCAGCCCGCCGCAUUUGAAAUCAAAACAUUCAACAACAGCAACGCGUUGGUACCGCGACAGUAUCGUUCACAUCGUCGCACCUAAUCAGUUCACGACGACUGUUUUGGUCGCAAUACGAUCACCAUGGAGACAUAUAAUGGACAUGUCCGCACACCAACAGAUGCUAUCAUCCUCUUUGAGGCUUGCAGACUUGGAAUUCUACCUCGCGUUCAGAGAAGACUGUCAGAGAAGGAAAGACAGUCUAUCAGAUCCGGUUCGGUGUUUGUCUGGGAUGAGCGGGAGGCUGGAAUGAGAAGAUGGACAGACGGGAAGAGCUGGAGUGCUAGUAGGGUUUCCGGAAGUUUCUUGACAUACAGGGAGAUGGAAGGGAAACGAGGGGGAAACUCAUUCGUGCAGCCCGCAGGAAAAGGCACUAAGACCCCAGACAGCGCGGCAGCUGACGGUCCACCACAAGAUGCAGAUGGGGAGGAAGGACCGGACGGCUAUCGGUACAAGCCCGAUGGCUUGAUGAAGCAGUCAUUCAGUAUCACCACUUCCCAGGGACAACAUCUCCAUCUCAUCAGCUACUACUCACGGUCACAUCCCACGGCCCAGGGGCUGCGACAACCAAGUACCGAUCCUGCCCUGGCCUCUAUUGUACCAGCCAAGGGUCUCUAUCCAGAAUCCACCAUUAACGACCAGUCUUCGGUCCCCGCCGUCACUCGAUCACCUAUGGUGGGAGUUCCGGGUUACGCGGUGAGCCCCAGCACUCCUGGCUAUCACAGACCAAGUCCUCAGACUUCGCAACCCUACCUGCCGCCCGGCUACCACAUGCACCCGGCGUAUGUCUACCCUAUAAGCCCAGUGCACACUCCUCCGGGUCAACCAGGCCAUUAUCCUAUGCCACCAUAUGCCACAAUGCCGCCUGGUCUACCUCCGAUCCCGUACCCUAGCGGACCCUACCAACAUCAACAUCAACAUCAACAUCAACAUCCACAUCCACAUCAACAACACCCAUUGCAUAUGAAUCAAGCACCUCCAUCCAGCUACGAUCAACGACCGCAACGCCCUUCCGAAUCCGCACCCCCACCACCUCCACCACCUCAGUCUGCUGGUCCUACCCAAGGUCCACCAACACCCUACAGCCACGCACAGUCCCUACCACCGCCGCAGUUACAGCAUCCCACCCCUGCAGCCUUUGAGGAUGACCAGAAGCUGCAGAUAGAUCCAAGACUGACCGCAGCCAUGGAGUCGACUGAACCCCAACAAAAUGGGCAGAAUGGGCAGAACGGGCAGAACGGCGCUUCGCACCCGGCCGAGGAAAGUCAAGGCCAACCAGAGUACCGAUAUCCCGAACAACCCACCGUCAAUGCCAGCCAAGCGCCAACGAUCAACUCAUUGGUCCACAGCAUUUCCACGCUACCACCUGUUGAGACAAGAUCACAAAACGAGAUUGAGCAGGACAGACAAGGAAGCACAAGCCCUGGCGGGACCAAGAACGGUGCACCACCGCAAGACAUUCCGAGCGAGAAGUUGGGGUUCCGGGAAGAUAAGAGGGUCUUGAGCAAGCUCGAUCGUGUUUUUGCCAGGGUAUGAAGUGGUCAAGAACGAGACGGAGAGGCAUUGCUGCAUCUUUCAUCGAGGCCGAUAUCAUCAUAUUAGGUAAUCAUUUGGCGUUUCUGUUUUUGUGAUGGACACGACAUGACGAGCUUUUGUGUUGUACUCUUAGCAUGAGGGAGGCGGCUUUCUCGUUUUUGCAUGGUGGAGGUUGUUGUUUUUCACUUCUUCGAAAAGUUGAUGGACAUGCUUCCUAGUACCCCACGAGCGCUUGUGAUGUUUUCUUUAGGGUGGUGGGCUAUGCCAUAUGCUUUUGAUGAGCUCAAGGCCCCUUGGGUUGAUUCUCUAUCGGGUCUAUGGAUUCUUUUGCCCUUGUCGCGUUGCUUAGCU